GAUUAAUAAUGCACAGGCUCCAUGUUCAUUCCCACUGAAUGCUGAAGGCUGUUUAACAUUGAGGGAACCAUUUUGAUAAAAAGUAUUAAUAAUGUUUCCUAUUCUAAGUUAUUAAAUUAGAUUUAAAAAAUACAGCUACGGGCAUUUAGCUCAAAUUGAUUGCGGAAUGAUAGUAGCUCUGUUCUUUAAAAACAGUGUAAGAAAGAAAAUGUCCCCGCCAAAGGAAUCAUUGUCAGACCAGAGCGAGCACUUCUUAAUGAGAGCAAUGGUGCUUCUCAAUAUUGGUCAUUUAGAACACCUCUUGAUUUAAUCAUUAUGAGUUGGAAAUUAGAAGAAUAUGACAAUAUGCCCCGCAAAGGGCUUUCUCUUAUUAUUAUGACCUUCUAAUGUAAUAAUAUUUUCCACCAUUCAUUUAGUUUAAGCCUAUCGGGUUAAUCUUCCCUUAUAAAGAACAGAUGCAUAUAGAAUUAAAACUCUCUCAUGUAUAAAAUUAGACCGAAUGUGAAUUCAAAUAUAUGGAGGACGGAUUAAAAAACAACAACAUUCAGGGUAGAUUCUCAACCAUUACAAUGUAGUCUACCUUUUAUAUAUAUAUAUAUAUAUAUAUAUAUAUAUAUAUAUAUAUUUACACCUGAGCUCUGUAUUGGAGUGUUAGUAAUUAGGUCAAACACUAAGUUCCAUUCAGUCUUUCAUUCAGGGAAACAUCAGGAGGUACUGUACCUAUAUUUAGUUGACAUGUGUGGAUUGAUAAAUGUGUUAUUUUCUAGGGGGAGCUGCUAGACGGAACAGCAGAUUAUAUGUCAGGACUGGAUGACAUGACCGAUUCAGACUCCUGUCUGUCCCGGAAGAAGAUUAAGAAGACAGAAAGUGGUAUGUACGCGUGUGACUUGUGCGACAAAACAUUCCAGAAGAGCAGUUCCCUCCUAAGACACAAAUAUGAACACACAGGUAUAUACUGUUCUAGAACACUUAUUUUACCCCAUUGCUUUUAUUUGUAAUGUUUUGUGUUACUAAACCCUUUCAAUUGUUCUAUUUUGUUUAUUCCCCAUUUCUUUCUUGCUUUGUUCUUUUUCAGUUGUAUGUAAAUCGAGACCUAACUUGUUUCUUCAUUGACAGGGGUGAGGAGAAAUACUUACUAAAAUAUGGAGAGCAAGACAUUACAUUAUCAGGGUUAUGCCAGAAAUACCUUUAUCUGAAUAUAUAAGCUCCAUACUUAAAUCAAAAUGGGGUAGAAAGUGCCUAACGAAAUGUUGUGUCAUUGCUUUGCAUAAUGCAUGAGGGCACUGUCUGAAGUAAAUGUCAUCCUUGACCAUUUCUAAUUAAAUCCAUCACAUGCUACUUUAUUAACCCUAUUAUGAUUUACAAAACACACUAACCAGACCCACGUAUAUAACUCAUAAAGAGACAGAGACAGACUGCUGACGGUGUCACUUGACCAAAACGGUCCUUUAUUGACUAUCACUCUAAUCAGUGAUAGAUUGGUUUAACCCAUUGAACAUUUGUGUGUUGAUGACUUAUUUUUUUACACUUCUCACAAUGAACCUCUUUCACUAGGUUGCAUCAUUCUUUACACACAUGACUAUACGCAGCACACAGCAGAGAAGAAUACUGCAUGCUUUAUGUAGCCUGCAGUUUAUCUGGUUGUGGUAUUAGGAGGUGUGCUGCAAGUAUGGCAGCUAUGGAAGGUGUCGAAGGCAUUCCAGGGCUAUUUGUGGCUAGGAAUUGGCCAGAUGUGUUAGUGUCUGUGCUUGGCGUCACAAGUGGUGUCACGAGCUGAUUGAAAUGCCAAAGGAGAAACUCUGUCUUAUGAUUUGUGUCAGAUAGACUGUUAUAUUUCCGGAUCUGCUGAGGUGUAGUAAAUUCAAAAGGGGUGGAACUGUCCCCUACUCCCUACCCCAUGAUAUACACCAUGACCAGCCACCAUUGCUGGCUGCUGGGGGAGUUUUUAUUUAGCCAGAUCAUUUGGUAGCAUGAUGUAAUGAAAUUUCACUCCAUCAAUGUAGGGCGGCUCGAGUUUCUCGUCUCACACUUUUGUAUUCAGGGUAUCCCAUCUUACAUGGUGAGCAGAGUAGAGUAGAGAUGAGUCCCGAAAUAAUUGAGGGACAGAGGCAUCUAGAAACUAUAAUUAUUCUACUGAGAUGAUCAGGGUAGCCAUAGGAGUCUCUUGUUCAAUUUUCAUCUCCUAUUUGUUUAUUUAUUUGUCACAGCUUUCUGUAUGUUUAGUUUGCGAUGGUUUAUUUAUGUUACAUCCAUCAGUGUGGCACUUAAGCCGAAAAUAAGUGUUUGUGAUUCUGUUCCUCCAUGCUUUAGCGAUAGGAAGGAAUUUCAUAAUGUAAACACAUGGCAGACCCAGUGGUUUUUUAAGAUGUUUAUCUUCUCAUUUGGAAUAAACAAGUAAAUUAUGACAAAGUUAGCAUUGAUAUUGUAAUGAUAGUUCAAGAUGCUUCAUAUCAUUCGAAUCAUCUGAACGUACUUUCAGUUUGUGUUUGUUCGCCUCCUGAUGUUUUUAAUUGUGUGAAAUGUAGUAACAAAGUAGCGAGAUGGGAAACUCAUGUCUGCUUUCCUGUCCCUUUGUGUCUCCUCAGGUAAACGGCCACACCAGUGUCAAAUCUGCAAGAAGGCAUUCAAACACAAGCACCACCUUAUAGAACAUUCACGACUGCACUCGGGCGAGAAACCGUACCAGUGUGACAAGUGCGGGAAGCGCUUCUCUCACUCGGGCUCCUACUCCCAGCACAUGAACCACCGUUACUCUUACUGCAAGAGGGAGGCUGAGGAGAGGGAGGCGGCCGAGAGAGAGGCCCGGGAGAAGGGCCACCUAGAACCCACAGAGCUACUAUUGAGCCGGGCCUACUUACAGGGUAUGACUCCUCAGGGCUACCCCGACCUGGAGGACCGCGAGGGCAUUCUGAGGGACGGAGGGAUGAACGGAGGAAUGAGAGAUCGUCAGAAGGAAGUUGAAGGAACGUACGUGAAAAUAGGACGUAGGGAAGAGGAUUUUGAGGAGGAGGAAGAGGAGAGCGAGAACAAGAGCAUGGACACAGAUCCAGACACGUUGAGGGAUGAGGAGGAGAACGGAGAGCACUCGAUGGACGAUAGUUCGUUGGACGGGAAAACAGAAACCAAAUCGGAUCACGAGGACAAUAUGGAGGACGGCAUGUAAUAAAAUGACUGCAUUUCAAAAGCUUCCCAUCUUACUUUUCUGUUCAGUAUU